UGUCUGAUUUUUGUCUGUUGUGGACGAUCAGCUCAAGGUCCACAGCCUUGCAGCGCUCCGAGCCUGGAUGCAGGUUUUCUUCUCCCGGUGCAGGAAUCAUAUCCUCAUGGAACAAAGAUCAGUUAUUCCUGCAAUGAUGGAUACAAAGCAGAAGGAAGAGGCUGGUGGGGAACAAGCACAUGUGUCAAUGGUUUAUGGUUUGGUAUCCCAGUCUGUAUUAGUAAGUGUUUCCUUUAUCCACUGAAAAGAUUUUCUUCAAAUACUUUUAUGCAUUUUACUUUAAAACUGAGCAGUAAACAGAACCUUGGUCAGGUUUCUCAUCUUCUUGUGCUUCUUUGAAAUGGAAUCUGUGACUUUUGAUAUUUUACUCAAAAAGCUUAUGUGUUUAAUUUUCUUCUUUACAGAAAAUCGUACUGUCUGCCGCGAGCCUCCAAGAAUAUCCAAUGCCACCAUAAUUAAUCAGGAUUUUCAGGAUGUAUUUACUCAAGACACAGAAGUGGUGUAUCAGUGUAAGGAUGGAUAUACAACAAAGGAAGGAGCCACCAAGAAAUCUGUCUUCUGUAGAGCUGGAGUUUGGACAGACGUCCCAACAUGUGCACCUACUGCCGGACCCGGAUCAAAGGACACUGUAUCCAUCGAUAAUUGUGGAGAGAUCCCUCAUGUUCCAAACGGGCUUCCUGAGCCACAGGAGCAGCAACGUUCUUUGAAAUACACGUGUCAGAACUUUUACAAGUUAGUGGGUCCUGACACUGUGGUGUGUCACAGAGGUGGCACGUGGUCCGAAGUCCCCAAAUGUAAAGAGGAUUUCUGUUUUCUGAACACUACAGAGUAUUCUGACCUUAUAAAUUCUGGCAAUACGUUUAUCAGAAAUGGGGACACAGAGUACCCGAGAUGUGUUGAUAAAUGGACGUUUAAAAAUUACGCUGUGGUUCGGUGCAUUGAUGGGAAUCUCACUGUAUCCAGAUGUUGCAACUGGAGCAAGAUAAACGUUGGUCUAUGCUGAGGCACCAUCGGGAAAAGAUCUGGCUCUCUUGGGCUGAGCUGAUGGACUGAGAACAAAUGGAAACAUGAACCCAUUUGAAACAACUUGAGAUUGAAUGCGUUGCCAACAGCCAGGCUGGAUAUUUUCAUGCUGUUCUACCACAGUAUAGCAUGUUCUGUAUUUAGAUUGUUCCAGUAGCAUUUCUAUAGUUGUGCGUUUCAUACAGAGAAUUGUAAAAAACCUCUGUCUGACUUCGUCUCUGUUGCCUGCAACAGCUACUUAAUAAAACAUUUCGACUUUAACAGGA